AUGAUGAAAGAAUUUGAGAUGACUAAUCUCAGGUUACUCACGUACUACCUCAGUAUUGAAGUGGACCAAAGGAAAGAUUGCAUCAUGCUAAAGCAAUCGACCUAUGCUAAGAAGUUGUUGCAACAACUUAAGAUGGCAGAGUGCAACUCAACAAAAUAUCCCAUGGUAGCAAAGUACUUGACUCGUACUCUGAGGUACAUGAAAAAGUAUACUACAAUGCAUCAUCAAGCGGUUAAACACAUUCUCCGCUAUGUGAAAGUUACCACAAGCUAUGAGCUGAAGUAUCAAAGAGGGCGAGAUCCUGAAGAACUAGUCUGUUUUACCGAUAGUGAUUUAGCUGGAGAUAUUUACGAUAGGAAAAGUAUUGCAAGAAUGACAUUUUAUCUCAACGGAAAUUUGAUCUCUUGGCAAUAUCAGAAGCAGUGA